CCUUUCCCCCCUGAGCCUCUGACACUGUCGGCGCGCGGCUGCAUCUCCAGCUCCUUCCUACCUGUGCAGAGGCGCACUGCAGCACGCAGAGAGGAACUGACGGAUAAAAGCCACUUGUACAGAGAGGUCAGACCGUCCUGCAUGAGCUGAAAUGAUGAUUACUACCAGACAUGUCCAGAUCAUUUCACUCAUCUGUGCAGUUUCUUAUCUCAGCCUGGCCUUCCCUAUCCAAAUGCCAACUACUCAUUUUUCAUCAGAUGAUGUGCGGCGGCUUCAACUGAACAUGCCCCACUCAGGUCCAAUUUUUGCACCUUUGGGCAGCUCGAUUUCCAUUCCUUGCUUUGUGUCCCUGUCCUCCACCUCCCCUUCGGUGGUGCCCCGGGUGAAGUGGACCGUGGUUUCUAAGGGGGUCGAGACAGAGAUCUUGGUAGCCAGGGGUCCAAGAGUGAAGAUCAACGAUUUGUACAGAGAUCGCGUGGCACUAUUGAACUUCUCCUCCUCCCCUGAAGAUGUGACUCUGUGGUUGGGGGAUCUGCACCACAAAGACUCUGGCCACUAUCGUUGCGAGGUGCAGCAGGGACUGGAAGAUGCCAGCAAAGUUGUACAGGUCAAGGUCAAAGGGGUGGUGUUCCACUAUAGAGAUGCUUUGGGUCGGUAUUCCUUCUCCUUCCAGCAGGCCCAGAGAGCUUGUGAGGGCAUCGGGGCACAGGUUGCCACACCCGAGCAGCUGCUUGCAGCCUAUUUCGAUGGAUAUGAGCAGUGUGACGCAGGCUGGCUGGCAGACCAAUCUGUCAGGUAUCCAAUCCAAGCACCUCGUGACGGCUGCUAUGGAGACAUGGACGGGCAACCAGGAGUGAGAAACUAUGGAACAAUGGAUCCAAAUGAUCUCUAUGAUGUUUAUUGCUAUAUAGAACAAAUUCACGGCAAGGUUUCCUAUGAGUACAUCCCACAACAGUUAUCAUUUGAUGAGGCACAGUCAUUUUGUCAAGACAGGAAGUCACAGCUGGCAUCAACUGCACAGUUAUACUUAGCAUGGAGUGAAGGGCUGGACCGCUGCAGUCCUGGCUGGCUCUCUGACGGCAGUGUGCGUUAUCCCAUCGUAACCCCAAGAGAGAGGUGUGGUGGUCCUCAAGCAGGCGUCAAAACAAUCUAUCGCUUCAGGAACCAGACCGGUUUCCCCGACCGGUCUAGCCUUCAUGAUGUUUAUUGUUUCAAAGGAGACAGUGAAACUUCUACUGACUCUCCAGUGGACGUCACAGAAGCUGAAAGCUUAGAACAAAAAGUUGUUAUGUUUAAUGAAAGAGCACAAGAAAUUCAUCUUAAUCAGCUAGAAAAACAAGUGGAACGAGAAGCACAAAGUGAACUUGAAUCUUUACCUCUUUUGCCUGACUCUUUUACUACAUCUUACCCAAUCGAUACAAACCAGACAGUUACUUCAGACGUAACAGAAUCUUUCCCAAGCACCACCUCUUCGUUGAAUCACCUUCAACCACUUCAAGAAGGCACAGAAAUAAGUUACAACUCCCAGCUUCUUCCAAAAGAAAUUAAUAGCACAACAGAGGUCUAUGAUUCAGCACAAAACUCAACCAUUCUCUCUGGUGAUUACAAUUGGACAGAGUUUCAACAAAACCUGAGCUUCACCUUUCACCUAUCUGAAUUUGUAAAAAUCACAUACCAACCCCAGACAGAGAACCACUCAAUGCUAGACACAUAUCCUACUCAGUCUCUACAGUCAAUCGAACAGACGAAGCAGUACCAUGAAAUUCAUGUAACUGAUGUGAAAUUUGACAAAUCUCAUACCAAUUACAGUGAGACGGAGAAUAACCAUACAGACGUUGAUGUAAAAGAUGGGGUUUGGAGAGGGACCACCGUGGCAAUUAGUCCAUUGCUUGACAUAAAGAUGGAAGAAGCAGCUGCAGAAGAUCCUGUGCGGAUGUUGGUCACAACUCCGGCUUCCCAAGAUAUGGGAACUCCUUCCACACAAGAAAGUCCAACUGCUGAGUCAGCCAUUAAGACCUAUUCAAUCUGGACUCCCAUAGAUGGAUCUGGAGAUAUUUCCCAUGAGAAAGAGUUUGAAAUGGGAGCAGUCACCCUCAUGUCCACGUCUCAAUCCUCCACUGCUGGAUUUGCCACCCAAUCGCUGGGCUCUGCUGUGGCUAGCAGAGCUCCCACCACGCCUCAGAGCACAAAUCCAGCCCACGCUACUGUGUCACAGAAUGUGGACAAACUGGGCUUUGAAAUCUUUUCUACAACACCAGACUUGUGGGAUCUCACUGUGUCUAGACAGGAGGGAAGUACAAGCUUGGACUCUGAAGAAAGUGAGGAAAAAUUGGUUGAUGCAACUCAGCCUCCCACCCAGGUAGUUUCUGGGGUACUUCCUAUGACUGAACCUCCAGUGGGUUUAAAUAUCUCUUAUUCACCAUCUGAAUUGGCAACAGACAACUAUCAGACAGGUUAUAAAGUGCCUAAUGGCUUGAUAAUCCCUUAUGAAGAGGCAAGUGGAUAUGAGCUUGGAACAGUUACUUCAACCUUUCAAGAGGACAUUAAAAAGACCUCACCUUUAGAAGGAAAUGUUAGAGUUUCCCCAACCCAGACAGAGGAAGUUUACAGCUCAAUUUUAGUUGGAAAAGAUGCUAAAGUUCCGUCGACUGCUACGUUUACAACAGAAGCUAAUGUUGGCCAAAGCACAGAAAAAGAAGCCAAAGUUGCCCCAACACUCAGUCUGAAAGGAGAAACCAAAGUUACACCAACUGCUGUCCCAGAAGAAGAAACUAAAGUUAGUCCAACUUUGGUCCUUAAAGUAGAAAAAGGUUCUCAAAUUAUUGCUGUUGGAGAAGAAGCUACAGCAACGCCAUCAGCUGUUCUUGAGAAAGAAGAUGAACUUGUGUCACCCUUGGUGUUUGAUGGCGAAACUAAGGUUGAUAUAAAUCUUACAGAAGAAGCUAAAGCUAUCCCAACUCUUGUUCUUGAUGAAAAACCAAAUGUUGGCCCAAACGUCCUAGAACAGGAAACUAAUGUAAACCUAACGUUGGUCCUUGAAGAAGAGAAAGGUGCUUCAGUUUUGUCUAUUGAAGAAGUUAAAGUACACCCAACAGUUGCUCUCGAAGAAGAUUCGAAAACUGUGUCAACUUUGGUUUUUGAUGGAAAAACUAAAGUUGACCCAAAUCUUUCGGAGGAAACUGAAGUUAUUUCAACACUGGUUCUAGAUGAAAAAUCUAAUGCUGACCUCCCUGUUAUUCUAGAUGAAGCAACUAAAGUUAACCUAACUUUACCGCAUGAAGAAGAGACGGUUGCUUCAGUUCUGAGUGUUGAAGAAGACAAAGUAAUCCCAACAAUUGCCCUCAAAGAAGAGUCUAACAUUUUGUCAGCCUUGGGUGUUGAUGGCAAAACUAAAGUUGAUGCAGAUCUUACAAAAGUGGCUAACGUUACACCAGCUCUUGUUCUUGAUGAGAAAGCUAAUGUUGACCCAACUGUAGUUUUAGAACAGGAAACUAAAGUUAAUCUAACUUUGGUUCUUGAAGGAGAGACAGAUGGUCCAGGUCUGCCUGUUAAAGAAGAAAUUAAAGUAAUCCCAACAGUUGCUCUUGAAGAAAAAUCUAACUUUCCUUCAACCUUGGGUUUUUAUGGAGAAACUAAAAUAACCCCAACUCUUGUUUUUAAAGAAGUGGGUGCUACUGACCCAACCGUUACAGAACAAGAUAAAGUUGCAAGAUUCGUCAUCGAGGAUAAAGCCCCAGUAACUCCUAAAGUAAUUUUUGAAGAAAAUGCCAAAGUUGACUCAACUGUCUUUCUUGAUGUUAUUUCGAAUACAAAAGAAAAUGCUGAAGUGGAAUUAACCCCAAUUCAUGUGAAAGCCGAAGUUAUACAAACCCCUUUCGUAGAGGAAGAAGCCAAUGUUCGAAGGUUUAAUUAUGCAGAAGAAACAGAUAUUUCCUCUGGGUUCCCCGAAAGAGAAUCCAAAGUAACCUCAACCUUUGGGACUGAUGAACCCGAAGUUACUCCUGGCCUUGAUUUUGAAGACAAACAAAAUGCUGCACUACCCUCUGAGGACUUUACCAUUUUUGCUCUCAAUUCUCAAACAUCUAAGUGGAAUCUGCUGACUACCACAACUGGACCCCAAGAACAUCAGAAUAAUCCAAAGUUUAGUCAGAAACUCCCUUUCACGUCAGUGUCAGAGACCUCAGUGAGCACUGACCAGUCUAAACUUUCUACUCCUGCAAUGUCUACCACACACAUGCCCAAACACACCUGGAGCCCAAGAACCACAAGACCUCACAGUUUCCGUAAGACGACAGAGCCCCAGAAGUUUAACCGUUUUGUCCCACCUUUGGAUCAAGGUGUGGUUGAUCUUGACAUUAGCCUCACCCCACCACCCACCCUGCUUAUCUUGCCCAAAGAGAGGGCAGCUGUAGGUGGUGCAGAGGCCUUUUCAGAUGCCUGUUUGGAUGACCCCUGUCUCAAUGGAGGCACCUGCACUGAGCGAGACGGACACAUUAAAUGUCUCUGUUUGCCAACUUAUGGAGGAGACCUUUGUGAGAACGACUUGGAGCGAUGUGAACCAGGCUGGGAUAAAUUUCAAGGUUUCUGCUAUCGACACUUCAGCCAGCGUCAGAGCUGGGAGGUAGCAGAAAGGCACUGUCGCACACAAGGAGCUCAUCUGGUGUCCAUCAUGACCCCCGAGGAGCAGGAAUACAUUAACAGUAACUACAAAGAAUACCAGUGGACUGGUCUGAAUGAUAAGACUGUUGAGGAUGAUUUCCGAUGGACUGAUGGAAACCAGCUGCUGUAUGAGAACUGGUACAGAGGGCAGCCAGACAGCUACUUCCUCUCUGGAGAGGACUGCGUGGUGAUGGUUUGGCACGAUAAUGGCCGCUGGAGUGAUGUACCCUGCAACUAUCAUCUGGCAUACACCUGCAAGAAAGGCACCUCCUCCUGUGGUCCCCCCCCAAAGAUUCGUAAUGCAUCCAUAUUCGGAAAAGCUCGAACCAGGUAUGAGACCAAUGCAGUUGUGAGGUACCGAUGCUCAGAGGGCUUCCAGCAAAGGCUGAACCCUCUAAUCAGGUGUCUGUCUGGAGGCCUAUGGGAGAGACCUCAAAUCCUUUGCUUCCCUGGGGGUGGAGAAAUUGUGCAAAGCCUUGACAUGCUGUCACAAACUGAUAGCAGCUUCUUAGCAGCUGGAAAUGAUUUUGAAGCCACCGAAGAGCCACCACAGUUUUGGGACAUCAAGUUUUAACACCUGUUCUUUCUUUUUAAGCAUACAGUUUUGUUACUGUACUGUGAUAUGAUGUAUUUUUUUUAUAGAGAGCACAAUGAACCACAGAGACAGAAGAUAAUGCAAGAGGACUAAGAUUUCCUUCAGUGAAGAACGUUCAUCCGUGAUUAUGAGGAUUUUAAAUAUGGCAUUUAAUUAUUUCCAGAUUAGGCUUUGAUGUAUGAAUCUUUUCUAAUAAUUAUUCCUUUUGUGGUUAUAACAAUGUCCAAGGCCUUUUCACGCCAUGGUGCUAUCUUUGAAGCCCUUUCUACAGUUUUAGAUUUUCAGUGUGUCAUGUUCCUACUUUAUCAAAGAUCCUGACACCUUUAAAGUGAGCCAUUAACAACCAAGAAACGCAAGUAUGUGUUGUUGUUUUUUUACAGUUGAAAUAACUGUCCAGAGUUUGUUUUUUCCUACAAAAAAAUUUGAGGUCAAGCAGACGCAGUUUUGUUCUGUGGCUUUAUGUUGUAAUAAAGUUUUGUAGAACAGAUCCAAGAAUAAAUCAGUUCUCCUAUUUUACUCCCACUGUGUUUUGGCUUUAUUUCAUGCGGAUUCAUGUGAGAAAGUUACAACCCAUUAAUAAACCCAGUGGAUAUGGAAAACUACAGUAUUUCAUUCAAAAAUUAAAUACAUAAAUAAAUACUGCUAUUGAUAAAUUGUCAAUAAAUAUUCCAUUAAAUGUCCCUAUAAAAUAAAAAAAUAUGCUUUUGAUCCUUUUUGAUAUUAUUCAAGAUUUUUUUAUUUAUUCAAAGAUGUAUUAUUACUUUAUUUAUACAUUUGAUUGUUUAUUUAAUAAUGGAGUGUAAUUUUGUGA